UCUCUCGGGAUCCUCCCAGAUCUGAUCCAGCCAACCACGCGCAGCCAACCCCCUUCCUCGUUUUCAGAUCCACCAUCCAUCCCUUUGAUCCAUCUCCAGUCAACGACCGCCGACGCUCAAAUCCCGCAGGAGCCCGAGCUCCACCUCCUCGCCACCAUCCCCGCAUCCUGGAUCCUCACGUCCCCGACGCCCUAGUUGGACCUCGUCGGAGCCGCCGGCUAACGAGGACAACCCCGCGCCCCUGUCUUCCUUCUUCCCAUGCUCCUGUUCCUCCUUCCCUCACACGCCUCUCUCUCUGACUUGCCACAGCAAGGAACAGUCGCCGGCGCCCUGCGUCCUGUCCCGCUCGUGCAUGACCGCACCAAUGGCCAGCGCCCAUCCUCGGCUUCGUCUCGACCAGGAGCACCAUGCCGCCUGAUGCUCAAGCCACCACCGGGAAACGACUUCAUCGCCACGGGUUCCGGUGUUCAGGUCCUCCUCGUGUGCUGCCCGAGUCUCCCCUGCUUCGCCAAGCCAUUGUCUCCGGCCAAAUCCUCUUCCUCGACGAGAUCCUCGCCCGCACCUCCGCUGCCCCGACUCCAUCUCUCGCCAUCCUCUUCGUCGAUCCGGCCGCCCGCCAUGCGGCGCUGCCGUGGACAUCCCCGUUGAGGCUUGUGCCGUUGGAGCUCAUCGCCGAUCCUCUUGCGCGCCCGAAGCUCAAGCUCCUCUGCCCGGGCGUCCCACGCACCUCAAGCCGCCGUCCCGCGCCUGGAGCCGCGCCCCUCCGUCCCCUGCGCCUCUGUUUCUUCCUCGCCGCCGCAGUCCUGUUUCACGCCGCGCCGCUCCUCUGUUUCGUUCGAGCAGCAACGAGCAGGUCCGCUCGCAUUGACCAAGCGAGGCAAGCGCCAGGCCCAGCCUGCUUCUUUGCCACGGCCCAGCGCACCCCUCCUCACCCAGUCGGCCUUCUUCCACUAAACCGGGCCAAAGCCCAUGGGUGAGGCCACCC